CUGCAGCAUCAUCAUCAGCAGCAGCAGCAGCAUCAGCAGCAGCCGCUUCGCGACACGAGAAGCGAGAAGAGACGCGAGAGAGAGAGACAGAGAGAGCGGAGAGGACACCCAACCGAAGCAACCCCCCCCCCCCCGCCUCUUUCCCCUUCACGACGUAAAUUAAAAAAAAAAUCUCUCUCUCUCUGUACGCACGCGAGAAGAGAACGCGAUCAGAGAUCCGUGCGACGCGUGACGGAUUUGCCAGCGACGCGUCACGUGGCGUCGUCACUUGAGGGAUCUUGCCCUGAGUGGGGAGGGUGCCCGGACCCAGACCCCGGACCCUCGACCGAGCCGCCUGAGGACGGUGUGCCCAGGUCAGUCGGCCCCGCAGCUCGACUGCAGCAUGCCCCACAAAGAUUUCUCGCGAAAUCGUGGUGCCGUCUUCAUUGCCAGCAAUGGAGCAAACGGGCGAAACGAAAUUUUUGAAGAAUUUCGUCAAGGCCACAGCGGCGUGAACCAGCUGGGUGGGGUGUUUGUGAACGGGAGGCCGCUCCCCGACUCCACGCGCCAGAAGAUCGUGGAGCUCGCGCACAGCGGCGCACGCCCCUGCGACAUCUCUCGCAUCCUGCAGGUGUCUAACGGCUGCGUGAGCAAGAUCCUGGGCCGCUACUACGAGACGGGCUCCAUCCGCCCGCGAGCCAUCGGCGGCAGCAAGCCGCGCGUGGCCACGCCCGAGGUGGUGGGGAAGAUCGCGCAGUACAAGCGGGAGUGCCCCUCCAUCUUUGCCUGGGAGAUCCGCGACCGCCUCCUCUCCGAGGGCGCCUGCACCAGCGACAACAUCCCCAGCGUGUCGUCCAUAAACCGCGUGCUGCGCAACCUGGCGAGCGAGAAGCAGCCCAUGGGAGCGGAGGGCGUCUACGACAAACUGCGCAUGCUCAACGGGCAGCAACCCGGGGGCGGCUGGGGCACCCGACCCGGAUGGUACCCGGGCGCGGCUCUCCCGGGACAGCAGGGGCCAGACGGGUGCGCGUCCCACGACGGGAGCCUGGACACGAGCUUGAGCAACUCGGCUAGCGACGACUCAGAGGACGCGCAGAUGCGGCUCCAGCUGAAGAGGAAGCUGCAGCGCAACCGCACCUCGUUCACCCAGGAGCAGAUCGAGGCCCUCGAGAAAGAGUUCGAGCGGACUCACUACCCGGACGUGUUCGCGCGUGAGCGACUCGCAUCCAAGAUCGACCUCCCCGAGGCGCGCAUCCAGGUGUGGUUCUCAAACCGCCGCGCCAAGUGGCGGCGCGAGGAGAAGCUGCGGAACCAGAGGCGUCAGGCGAGCAACGCUCCGAGCCACAUCCCCAUCAACUCGAGCUUCUCCACCACCGUCUAUCAGCCCAUCCCGCAGCCCUCGGCACCUGGCAUGCACCCAGGUGCGAUGCUGGGUCGGACGGACGUGAGUCUGGGCAACUCAUACAGCGCCCUGCCACCCAUGCCCAGCUUCUCCAUGGCUAACAACCUGCCCAUGCAGGCGCCCAUGGGCAGCCAGGGCUACUCGUGCAUGCUGCCCACGAGCCCCGUGAGCGCGCGCAGCUACGACGGCUACACCCCGCCCCACGUGCAGAGCCACGUGGGCAGCCAGAGCAUGGGCCCCGCGGGGUCCACAGGUCUCAUCUCGCCGGGGGUGUCGGUGCCCGUCCAAGUCCCGGGCAGCGAACCCGACCUGACGCAGUACUGGCACAGGCUGCAGUGAGGGCUGCCCGUGCCAGCCUACCCACCCCUGCCUCCUACCUGUCUGCCUGCCUGUUUACCUGCCUGCCUACCUACUUGCUUGUCUAGCCGUCUGCCUGCCCGACUGCGUCUUGCCUGUUUGCCUGCCCGCCCGUGACUCCGGCGUCCUGCGAACUCGUGAUCCGUCAACCCCUUCCCACCUAGGGCUGAACUUUCUCCUCCGACUGCGGAAUGCGUUGAUUCAUUCGUUCAAUCAUUCCGUAAUUCUUCAUUCACUGAAUCGUGUGUUCACCCAGCCAUUCAUUCGUUGUUCAGUCACGUAUAAGUUAAAUCAUUUACCCAAACGUAAAUGUUUUAGUUUUACAUUAUUGAGUCUCCAUCAUUAUCAUCGUCAUCAUCGUGGCCAUCAGCCCUGAUCGAUCCACUGCUGGAUGAAGACAUGCCGUCGCCAUCUCUCACUGCCGCAGUGCAAGUGACGGAGUGGUGUAAUGCUCUUAACGAGUCGCUAAUUAUGAACUCAAUAACUUAUUGCAAAAAAUAAUGUAUUUAUUUCGUUAGAUCAACCGUGCGCUCAAACCCAUUACUUAGUGUCAGUCAUUCAGAGAAAUAUUCCAAUUCCACCUAUUAUUCAUUCCUCGAAUAACUAAUUUGGUUGAUUAACCCUUCAGGUUAUGCACGUUUUAAUUAACCGUACAAUCAAUCAUUUACUCGUUCCUUAAUUAAACCAAUCAGCCGUUCAAUCGUUCGUCCAACACAUUCCUCAUUCGUUUAAUCACAUUUUCAAUUCGUUCACUCACUCAUUCCUUCGUCCAUCCAUUCAUUCUGCCACCGAGAUUUCCUGCCCAAGAAGAUUUGAACAGUGACCAAGGCGAAGGGGACCCCCACGAAUUAUCACAAACUUCGGGAGCCCCCCCCCCCUCCCUCCACCCGCACCUCGGAGACAAAAACAAAAACUCCACCACCUCCCCCUUCCCCGGAUUUGAAGAAGGGGGACGCAAGCGGAUGGUAUUGCACCCCCCCCCCCUCC